GUCGCUCGGUGUUUCCCUCCCCGGAAAGUCGCCCAGCGAAGAAUUCACAGCCAACCUGCAAACGACCAAAAAUCCCCCCAAAUCCCAAAAUCACAUUCUUCAAUUCAUCAUCAUCAUCAUCAUCAUAUAUAUAUAUAGGAAGAACACAUACUAUACUGGUGGAUAAUGGAUCACUACAAGAUUCUGGGAGUCCAGAGGAACGCGAGCAAAGAAGAAAUCAAGCAAGCCUUUCGAAGCUUGGCAAUGCAAUUUCACCCAGAUAAGCAUGCCGAUUCCCCCAAACAUCUUAGGGACACAGCCACCGCCAAAUUCAAGCAGCUUUCCGAAGCCUACGAGAUACUCACCGAUGAUCGCAAGCGUGCCGACUACAAUAUCUCCGCCUCCUCCUGGAAUACUGGUUGUAAUCAGAAUCAUGGGUACGCCAAGAAUUAUGGGUACGGGUAUGGAGGAAAUUAUACCCAUGAUUAUAUGGCUAGUAGGGGCAAAAGGGCUGGUCCGAGUCUCCAGUUUGAGUUGCUUUUUCGGUUUCUCAAUGCGCGGACUUUUGUUCGAACUGCGACUAUAGCUGGUGUUUUAAUAGGUGCGAUAUAUCUCAUUGAUGAUGGUGUAGAUGCCCUGUGGAACACAAAAAAUUCUGGGAAAACCGAGGACCACCAUAUACUACUUGCUAGCGCAGUCCACACCCAAGCAAUAAGUCUUCUUUUUGGGAAUAUAGUCAACAACUUUGUUGUUAUCCUCCAGCAAGUACUACAGAUAUCUUUGUCGAACAUUCUUCAUAUCUUCCCAAAUUUCCAGGUACUGUUUUAUAGGAUCUGGAUGAAUUUCAAUUGAUGUCUUUGCAUCUUCCAUCACUACUAAAUACAUUUUUUGUCUAGUUAUGACUUUACUUGAUUCUGAUGAGUAUUUUUUCUUCUUUCAAAAAGUAGGAUGGUAUCCACAAUCAUUGGAAGUCAACCAUAGUUUAAUCUUUAGGGAUGUGGGGUAGAAAUAUAUCAUAAAUUUUCACCUUUUUUUAUUUGAAGCCAGAAAUGCUCUCAGUCAGUGUUGAUAUCUUCCUUGCAUUUGCAUUUCUUAUUACAUUCAAACCAGGUCAAUGAAUUUACCUAACACUUCAAUCAACUUUUAUCCAAAAUAGCGUAGUUUGUUGUUAAUAGCUUCAUAAUAACAUCGAAGUGGAUAAAUGUUUUUAGUUUUCACUGAUUUAAGUAAUAAAUUUUUUGUACCAUUUCCCCAUCUUUUGGUUUUCAUGACCUCCAAUUUUAUUUGCUUAUCAGACAAAGAACAAAUGAAGGAUAUGUGCAGAAAAUAUUAAUGAUAUAGUACUAGUUUAGAAUACUUGCACCUUCUCUGGCUCCUUGCCUACCAAGGAACCUUGUUAAUUAUUUUGUAAUACAAGCAACUGAAAGAAAAGGGUUCAGAAGCCUUUUAAACAUAUUAGUGUAGAUGCCUUACGUAACUCUGCUACUGGAUUUAGCAUAUGAUUUGUAACUUGUUAUAAUGUUACACAAUAGGAUUCCAUAUCAAUGACUGUAAAUGCUAGCUUGAUGUGAUAGUAUAGAAGUAUAAAUGCUGCUUUUACUCUACGAUGCACUUGGGCAAUAUCCAGCUUAAAACAACAAUAAUAGAUAUUUGGACUUUUAAGCAUAUUGUUCCUUUGGCUUUUUUGGCAUGCUAAGCAGAAAAAUACAGGUAAUUCUACUGUUGGUUUAGUAUAUGACUUGCGAGUGUAUCCCUUGAUAUACUCUUUUACUUCAAAUGUUCACAUUAAUGAAAUUAAGGGCUAGCUUAAUGUGAGAAUAUAGAACUAUAGUAGCUGCUAUUGUUCAGUGAUUCAUUUGGGCAAAAUCCAGCUGCUAACUACAGAUAAUAGAUAUGUUGCUGUAAAGCUUGUGCACCAGGUUUUUUUAAAUUGAAUUGAAGUCAUCCUUUUUGUAAUUUUUCUCAUUAAAUUCUUGUUGAUUUUUUGGUUGCAUAAAGUUUUCUGAAAAUUUUGAAGUUGGUUUUUCUCACACAAGGCUUUUAGGUAAAUGGGAUGGGAUUUGUAGCGCCUGAAGGAAAUAUUCAUUCUAACGUGCCCUUUGCUUUCGUUAAUUUAAUGAACCCCCAGAAAUCUUUGGAA